CUGAGCAGCAUGGAGUGCUCUUCGGGUCCCUCGAAUUCCAUUCGUUCUCUCAAAACUCCUCCUGUUCUAUCACGUGAAAAGUCACGAAGGAAACGGGUCAAUAGGCGAGACACGUUACUGGAAAAGCUACAUUCGGGUGAUAAACUUUUGUCCGAGUAUAGAAAAAUCGAUCCGGACAAAAAUGGACCGGAGGCCGUGUGUACGAUCAAAGCGCUCCGAGAUCGUAGAAAUCGAAGCAUGAGAAAUAUUCGAAAGCAGCUGUACAUUCGUAACGUUGAGCCGACCGACAAUCGUGAUCUUUACGCGUGCUAUGUCGAAGAACUCAAGUUCCCAGUACUCCGUGAAGCAUCGCCCGUUAAAGUAAUAACGCUCCAAGAAUUAGCGACGCCAUCAUCGGCAAUUCAGGCCAGCGAGGCUUCGUCAAUGGCCCGGCGGAGGGCGUCUGCAUGUGGGCUAUUGUACAACAGGGGGAAAGAGCGCAGAUCGAACGAAACAGCUCCUCUUUUGAAAGGAGCCUUUUUAUUGGCGUCGUCCUACUUUCUUCACCGGAAAUGGAGAAAUGGAGUUACUAAAUAACAAUUGCAACGAUACGGAUAUGAUGAGCGACAGGUGUGAUGCCUCUAACCAACAUUGCCACCUCAUCCACAUCCUUUUCUUUGUUGAUUUACUUGUGCACACCCUCUGCACCAGAUUAUUACGAUGGAGUGACGAAGCGAAGUUACGGGGGUCGACGUUAUUCGAAAUGUUUUUUCGUUUUUUAUUUAUUUAUUUUUUUUUUCAUUUAAUUUUUUUUCAACAUUCGCCCAUUCAAUUUGAAAGCGAUUCUUUGAAAAAACCCACACUUUCGCCACAUGUUAUCGAUCAGCUGAGAAAAUUCUAGUUAUUCACACUCGAAAUUGUAUGUCAAGGAGCGCGGAAUUAAGCACGGCGUUACUUUUCAAUCCUACAAGUGUUUUCGUGUUUACUUAGCCCAGUUUUAAACGCGCUCGACUCUUUUCAAUGCGAUGCAAAAUCGAGCGAUUUUAGGCACAUUCGCCGCGUAUAAAUGCACAGCGUUUCUCACCGACCGGAACAUUAUACAAAGCAAUACGCGAACGAGUAACAAUGUGGAAAGGCAUAUUCGCGGUGUGCGCCGUUAUCGUCGCCUCGGUUUCGAGUGCACCGAGCUUCUCCAAUGAGGAAGACGCAGCCGGAUGGCAACCUACGAGCGAAAUCGAUCAAUUGAUAGUCAAAUUUAGAACACAAUUUAUGGUCGACCUUGAAAAUUUUUCGAAAUUGGUUGACGAGGUCGAAACAGCCGAGUCACAAUACAACAGGGAAUUAGAAGCCCAAAUUUCGGAUGCCGUCACUCAGGCCCGUCACGAAAUCGAACAGAUUUUCGAGAGAAUCCCUCCGCACCUCGCUGCAGAUCGCUGCAAAGAAAUAGCCGACGAACUUGGACCCUUCACCUCUGACACUUUGAACAACGUAACAGAGUGCAUCGCCAAUAAAAUGCCAUCGAACGACAAACCUUCGGUAUUCGACGUUGCGGCUGAUGGGACCAGAAAACUAUUCGCAAUGAAAGAUGAAAUGAGCAGUUGUGGAGGAACGAUCAUCAACGGUCAACCGGACUACGAAUACUCGGACGAAGAUUACGAGGAAUACGACAUGGAAAAUUUGGAAGCUUCACUGGCUCGUGAAAAUGUCAACUGUAGUGAGGUUAGAGCUAAGGUUUCCGAGGUGCUUCAAGAAAUUACGGAUUCGUUCGCAGACCUCUUUCAAACGUCGUACGAUAAUAUUUCCAGCCUUGGAGAAUUUGCUAACGAGUGCGAGAUGGCGAAGGAUUAUGUGAAGGAAUCAAAAGCGAUUGUUGAGAGCGUGAGAAAAUGUACUCAAUCCGCAUCAGACGCAGUAUCAAACUCGGAAUAAAAUAAAACAUAAAAUUCAUGUAUAAAUUGUAUAAUAAAAGUGGAGAAAAUUCCUCUGGAAAAGUAUUUUUGCUUUU